GCGAGACCGUACAGAGUUCAAACUCGCAUAGUGAGUAGCGAGCACUAGUCAUGGCGUAUACCGGCGCAGUCCCAGCGACAACUAAGCAGGUCAAAUUAGAGAAGGAGAGCGAGCUCCGAAUUGAAGUCGCUAACAACACGCCUCUCCGCCUCCGCCUUCUCUCUGGCACCGCCGAGAUCUUCGGCUCCGAGCUUGCCCCUGAAAACUGGCUUACCUUCCCUCCUAGUCUCAAAUUCGCCGUUUUUAGUUGGUCUGGAGCCACAAUUGAAAUGGAUGGGCCUACUGAAACUGAUUAUACCGCAGACGAGACACCGAUGGUGAGUUAUGUAAAUGUGCAUGCCGUACUAGAUGGUCGUAGAAACCAUGCUAAAGCAUCAUCAUCCAUAGAUCCCGAUGCUUCUCAGGGCCCAAGGGUGAUUGUGGUGGGACCCACAGAUUCUGGGAAGAGUACAUUGUCAAAGAUGCUUCUGAGUUGGGCAGCUAAACAGGGCUGGAAACCUACUUAUGUGGACUUGGAUAUUGGCCAAGGCUCCAUAACAAUUCCUGGUUCCAUUGCUGCCACACCAAUUGAAAUGCCUAUUGAUCCUGUGGAAGGAAUUCCUUUGGAAAUGCCCCUCGUUUACUUUUAUGGGCACACAACUCCUAGUCAAAAUGUAGAUUUGUACAAGGUGCUUGUGAAGGAGCUUGCUCAGGUACUGGAGAGACAAAUGACUGGCAAUACUGAAUCUCGUGCUGGAGGCAUGGUGAUCAACACCAUGGGAUGGAUAGAAGGUGUUGGCUAUGAGCUACUUCUCCAUGCAAUUGAUGCAUUCAAUGCUAAUGUUGUCUUGGUUUUGGGCCAGGAAAAACUCUUCAGCAUGAUGAGAGAUGUGCUCAAGAACAAACCUAAUGUGGAUGUUGUCAAACUUCAAAAGUCAGGUGGUGUUGUGUCAAGGAAUGCAAAAGUCCGCCAGAAGACAAGGAGCUAUAGAAUAAGGGAAUAUUUUUAUGGCCUUGGAAAUGAUCUCUCCCCACAUUCAAGUAUCGCGAAUUUCAGUGACUUGUCCAUAUUUCGGGUUGGUGGGGGGCCACAGGCCCCAAAGUCGGCUCUUCCCAUUGGGGCAGAUCGGGUUGCAGACCCUUUGAGAUUAGCUCCUGUUGACAUCAACCGAGAUAUGCUGCAUCUUGUUCUUGCUGUUUCAUACGCCCAAGAGCCUGACCAGAUUCUUUCAAGUAAUGUUGCUGGAUUCAUCUACGUCACAGACAUUGACAUGCAAAGGAGGAAACUCACGUACCUGUCACCGGCUGCUGGGGAACUCCCAAGCAAAUACUUGAUUGUGGGAUCCUUGACAUGGACUGAGACAUGAAGCAUUUAAGCACUGUAUGCAAGCUUCUUUUGCCUCAGGACUAACGACCUCUAAAUCUAAUGUUGUGUGCUUUUUGGUAGAUUUCCCACCCUAAUCGGCUUCUAAUUCACAUUUUAUGACUUGGGAGGAGUGAGGUCUGGUCCUGAUUGCUAGUUCUAGUUAAGGUCAUGUAUUCAUUCCCCUGUUGCUAUGAAACUCAAGACCACAUUUUUUUUUAAUCUUCUGUAUAUCCAACUCUAAUUUAAACAAGUUCAAUGCAAAUUUAGGGCUUUUGUUCAAACUCCACUUUUGGAGUCUUCAA